UGGGAGCGCGUUAGUCUGUCUGUGCGUCAAUGCUGCCGCUCAGCCUGGCCUGAGGCAUGAACUGUCGAGUCGCAGCUUGUUCACCACCAUUGCCUGUUCUUGCUUGUGCUGCAUUUGCAUAGAUCUGGACUGGACUUGUCCCUGCUGUGGUAUUGGCUUUGUCUCCCAUUUUAUUGACCCAACCAUGGGUGACAAUGCCGCUGCACCAGCACGGGUACCUGGGCGAGGCGUGGGGCUAGCAGCCGUUUCUACCCCCAACACUCCGCGCAAGAACGGCGCUGGGUUAAACCAACUUGUACAGUCCCUCGAGAACAAGUGGCAUCUCGGCCUCGAGAUUCGCGAUGACACCUGGUCACCUGAGAAAGAUACCAAACAUCCUGCCAGCCAGGUUUAUGGACGCCUCAAGCGCCUGUACUAUGCCCUCGGGCCGGGCCUCCAGCAGGCCCUGGAUACUUUCGAUGAGCUCGCAUCUGGCUUUGCCCAGGAAAUGCAGCUAGGUCUUCUUCACGGAAUUCUGAAAAGUAAAAUUGACCAAACCCCUCCAUCGAAGAAAAGAACGCCGUCGAGCUUGAGGCAUGAGUCAAACUUGCCUAGGAAACCUCUGAAGCCGCUGCAAUUUUCACCUGGUCGUUCUCCAGCAUCAACCUCACCAACCAAGACGACGAAUAGUCACCGGUUUGAAUCCCAACCCCUUUACCAGACUGCUCCGGACCCUGGCUCCCCCACCGAUGACGAUGACGAGGAAUAUCUCACUCCCCCAUCGCCCACUCUCUCCUCGAGAUCAGCACAGAGACGUGUACAGGCAAGUUCUCGAUUCUGUCUGGAUAACAAAUCUAUCAAAAGACCUUUUGAUGGCAUUGGCGCCUGUGGAUCUUCACCGAAACUUACAAAGACCUUUAAGGAUCCCGAAUGGCCGCCGAAAUCGAAGAUGCUGAAGCCGUCUCGGUCCAUCACAAAGAAAUACCCCUUUGACUCAUCCCGAUCUUUCGAAACCAAUUCAGUGAGAACGUCUUUCAAUGGCUCCUUUGGAGCUGCAUCGUCUGUCCAGUCAAACCGUCCUGACACUGCCGCUACCUCGUUCGCAUCUGACGCCAAUGAUGGAGAUGUUGAAUACCCUACACUGCCAAAAAAUCUAAACAGUUUGCCUGUUAAUGAUCAACUUGCUGAGGAUAUCAGGAGCCGCCAGGAAUACGACCCACCGUCUUCGCAAGACUUGGGUGUUGAAAACUCUUCGACUUAUGGAUCUCUCGACGAGGAUGUUCUGGUGAAUACAUCCCAUAACAUAGAGAUAAAGUCCGUUGUGUCUGCGGGAAGCUCCAAUACGGCUCCGCCCCGUAACCCGCCAUCUGGAAAGGGUGUCCCUCUUUAUCCUUGGUGUGCCAGGAAAGAAGAGCCAGCCAGCUACAAAAAGUCUAAUGGAUCAUCUUCGACACACCGUCCGCAGCCUUCAAUCAACAAUAACAGCCAUCAACCAGCAGCCCAGACAUCAGCAUCUCCACCCUCACACAACACCAAUAAACUUCUGGGUCAGAAUGAUAACACUUCACUGGCGAAGGGGGAACCGGCAACUUCGGGAUUGCCAUGGUACAUACGAGAAAUUCCCAAACAGCAUUUGUUUGUGAACCAAAUUUCAGAAUCCCUGGAAAAAUUUCCAUACUUCAUUCUGUUCAUAUGCUGUCGUAUCGCGAGCGAGAACAUAAUUCCGAUGGAAGAUUUAAUGCGCCCAAUGAACCAUUCUGAGGUAGAGCAAGAUCCAGAAUUCCUAUGGGGACGCAUCGACCCCGAAAUCAUGAAGCACAAGGAACGUGACCCUCAGGAUGUAUGGCCAGCAGCAAGGACUGGCUUUGAAGGCUUUACAUUCAAAGGAACGGUUUCGCUCAACAAAAAAUCCACAGGCCCCCUUUUCCAAUUGAAGCUUCUGCCUGUUGACCGAGACAAGUCAUAUUCAAAACCAGAUCGAUUCACCCAAGAACAGUGGAGAAGUGUCCAAGAUCAAUGGAAGAGCUGGUACCUCCAAGAGCACACAUUUCUAGGAAGGCAGUGGCGAGCGUUUCUUAUCGAACCCAUUAAGAAGAAGAAGAAAAAAAUCGAUCGUGUCAAUGAUGACGACGAUUACGACAAGCGGUUGGUUCUAUUUGCAACAAACGGUCCAGACAUUGAACCGAUAUCUUUGGGGGAAAUGGUUAACUGGCACAUGGACCUCAAAGCCAAUGAGGACCAGAAUUUUUGCAAAGCUUAUGCCCGUCUCGAUCUCGCACUGUCUCGCACGAUACCUACAUUGGUCUUCAAGCCUUCACAAAUCCGGUUCGUCAAAGAUCAGCUCGCAGAUGGCGUCGCAGAAGAUUUGACUUUCAGCGAUCCGACAUUGCGCGCUGUAGAUCAAAAAAUCAGCCAUCGCGCGGUUAUGAACGACGGGUGCUCACGAAUAUCGGUUGGCGCGGCUUUGGAGAUUUGGAAAAUAUACCGCAAGGUCACUGGUUGCGAAGAGGGUCUCCCAAGUAUAUUCCAAGGCCGUAUUGGAGGUGCGAAGGGAGUGUGGAUGCUCUGUGGGGAGCCUUCCACGACUGACCCCAACGAGCUGGCAAUAUGGAUCGAAAUAACCGAGAGCCAGCUGAAAUUCAAUCCGCAUGACGAGGACAAGCAUGACCAUUCAUACGACAAACAUAGAACGACUUUCGAAUACCUCAACCAUAGCUCACGGCCUUGCCCGUCCACCCUCCACAUGUCAUUCAUAUCUAUACUGGUCGACAGAGGUGUGCCAAGGGAAGUCAUUGCCCGGUUAGCAAAUGAUCGGCUUGACAUCGAUAGAGCUCAGCUGGAGAGGAUAAUAUCUGACCCUCAAAAACUACAUCGUUGGAUACAUUCACAGUCCCCGCCUCAGGAGCAUGUGCUCUGGGAAGCUGCAUUGCCCAAGUCCUUAUCGAACAAGAUACGAUAUAUGCUACAGAGUGGUUUCUAUCCUGAGGAUGAGCCCUACCUAUCUGAGCAGCUUUGCAAAUAUAUAAACUUGCAACAUAUCCAAAUGGAACAGCGGCUCAAGAUUCCGCUGGGCAGAGCCACUUUUCUGUUUGGUGUGGCAGACCCGUUGGGGGUACUCAACCCGGGGGAGGUGCACGUGGAAUUCUCAACGCCUUUCGUAGAUGAGACCACAGGAUGUACAUUUCGCGCUUUGAACAACAUUGAUUUGCUAGUUGCACGUCAGCCUGCCUGUCGCCGUUCAGAUAUCCAGAAAGUGCGUGCGGUCAAGAGACCAGAGCUUGCUCAUCUGGUCGAUGUCGUUGUAUUUCCAUCGCGCGGACAGUAUCCCAUGGCAGGAAAACUUCAAGGUGGUGACUACGACGGUGAUAUUUUUUGGCUUUGUUGGGAACCGGUUCUUGCUGGUCCGUUCAAGAACGCACCUGCACCGUUGGAUGCUCCAGAUCCUUCGAAAUAUGGGAUUCGAAAAGAGACGAGGAAGUUACGCGAGGUCAUGAACACGCAAGACCUACGCACUGUGGAUGGUUUUUUGAGGGAAGCGCUCGAUUUCCGCUUUCCACCGUCACUCUUAGGCUUGGUGACGAAUUUUCAUGAGAAGCGCGCGUACAUGGAAAACCGAAUACAUUCAUGGCAACUAGAUGCUCUCUGCGACACCCACGAUCUUCUGGUGGACGCACUAAAGCAAGGGUACAUAUUUGAUAAAGAGGCAUACACAAAACUCGUGGAGGUCAAACUCAGAUGUGGCAACCCUGCAAUACCCUCGUACAAACAAGCCAUGGAAGCUUGUAAGAGUAGGAGGGCUACAGAUGACACUGAUAAUCCCAGAGAGAGGGACUUCAAACACAACCCCGGAAAUGUCCUUGAUUUCCUCUACUUUGGAGUCGUCCGUCGGCAUAAUAUCGCAACUUUGCAGAAAGUCAAAGAUGGUUUCGUCAAAGAAGACUGCAACGACGAUGCGCUUAGAUAUCCUUCCUCGUAUUUGUAUAAGUGGGAUAACCAGGACAAGGAACAGGAACAAGAUCAGGAUACUCAGAAGGCUAUCUGGGCCGAGCUCGCCUCGGCCUCUACUGAAUUACUUGAGCUUAAGAAGCUAUGGGAUCAGCUGAACCGCGAGGAUAAACACACUUUUGCUGAGGUCCUUGAGAUUUGCUACUCCAAGUAUCAAAGCAUACUACCCAGCAACCCUACCCUAGAAGUUUUUAAACCGCUCCUGCGUCCUUACCUGAAUGAUCACUCCAAUCUGUGGGAAGACAUCCGCGCAUCGACUUUAUAUUCCGCUUUUGGAAAACCGAAGAGUCAGAGCUUCGUCUGGCAUAUGGCUGGGCGUGAAUUGAUGAAGCUGAAGUGUAUGUCGAUACCUGAAUCUACGGUGAUCACGGCGAGCAUUUUGGCCAACUUGAAACCAAAGCCAACGAAGGUACCAAAGCCAAAAGAAGAGGAGGAGGAUGAUGAGGAGCGAAAAGAAGAAGAAUCACAAACGGAGUUCUUGAACGAUAUGGUGCUUUGA